CAUAUUGCACCAUCCAAUCCAUAAUAUAAAUGAAACCACCACUAACUGCCUUAAAGCAACCAAUGAUUUGCAUUCUUUUGUAUAUUGUAACAGAGAUUUAGGCAUUCUUCCUUACAGCAGAGUUUCUGAGAUUGAAUAUAUAGCAGGGGGAAGAAAGCAACAAUGGAGAUUGCCUCAGAUGAUACCAAAAAAACCCGAGAAAUUAAACGGCAAAAGGGUGGCCUCAGGACCAUGCCUUUUAUCAUAGCUAAUGAGGCCUUUGAAAAAGUUGCUGGAGUUGGGCUUCAUGCAAAUAUGAUCGUAUACCUGCAAAAUGAAUAUAAUUUAAGCAGUGCUACUGGAGCUACUAUAUUGUUUCUUUGGUUAGCCAUUUCAUAUUUUACACCUAUUUUAGGAGCUUUCGUUUCUGAUUCCUACUUGGGUCGGUUUCUUGUGAUCGUGCUUGGAACAUUAAUCAGUAUUCUUGGAAUAAUUCUGUUAUGGCUAACAGCUAUCAUUCCAAGCGCAAGGCCACCACAUUGUGACCAAAUAGAUGGGAAUUUACAAGGCUGCGCAUCUCCAAAUGCAGCACAGUUGUUGUUUCUUCUCUCCGCAUUUGCUCUGAUGGCUAUAGGGGCUGGUGGCAUUAGGCCAUGUUCUUUAGCAUUUGGUGCAGAUCAGUUUGAUAAUCCGAAUAACCCAAGAAACGAGAAGACAUUGCAAAGCUUCUUCAAUUGGUAUUAUGCUUCAGUUGGGAUAUCGGUCAUGGUUUCGGUCAUAUUCAUAGUCGCUAUACAAGAUGCAGCUGGUUGGGUUAUAGGUUUUGGAGUUCCAGUUGGGUUUAUGCUCUUGUCAAUUACUAUGUUCCUCAUGGGUUCUUCCCGAUAUAUCAAACUGAAGGCUGAUAAAAGCUUGCUUUCUGGUUUUGCUCAAGUAAUUGCUGCAACAUGGAAGAAAAAAAACCUUUCUCUGGCACCGUAUGAUUCUGAUAAGUGGUAUUAUCACAAGGGUUCGAAGUUUAUCGUGCCAACAGAAAAACUCAGCUUUCUGAACAAAGCUUGCGUAAUUAGAAAUCCUGACAAGGAGUUGGAUAGUGAUGGAUUGGCUGUAGAUCCAUGGAAUCUGUGCACAGUUAAACAAGUAGAAGAGCUAAAAGCAUUGAUGAAAGUCCUGCCGAUAUGGUCUACUGGCAUCAUGAUCUCAGUUACAUUAAGCCAGCAGGCAUUCCCUGUGCUCCAAGCAGAAACCAUGGACAGACGAUUUAUAGGAAAGGCCAAAAUACCAGCAGGUUCCUUUGGUGUAUUUACAAUCCUAACUUUGACGAUAUGGGUUGCCAUCUACGAUCAGGUUUUAGUUCCAAGAAUAGCAAAAAUCACUAAACGACCUCGAGGACUAACCAAUAAGCAGCGGAUGGGAAUGGGGUUAGCACUCUCAUGCCUAGCUACUGCAAUGGCAGGGGCAGUAGAGCACCAGCGGCGUGCAACGGCACUUAAUGAAGGACUUGCAGACAAGCCUAAAGGUCAAGUGAACAUGUCCGCAAUGUGGUUGGUGCCUCAGCAUUGCCUUACAGGACUAGCCGAGGCGUUGAAUGCAAUCGGACAAAUAGAGUUCUACUACUCUCAGUUCCCAAAGACUAUGACUAGCAUUGGGGUGGCUUUAUUCUCCCUCGGUAUGGCAUUUGGGAAUUUAGUAGGGAGUCUUAUAGUAGGAGUUCUGAGUCAUGCCACAAGCAAUAAUGAUGAGAAAGUGAGUUGGGUAUCAAAUAAUCUCAACAAGGGUCAUUACGAUUAUUACUACUGGCUUCUUUCUGGUCUUAGUGUGGUGAACUUGUUCUACUAUUUGAUAUGUAGUCGAGCUUAUGGAAGUGAGGACCUCAGGAUUUCGGAUGUGGCGGAGGCCAUUGAAGAAGACGAAGACGAAGAAGAAAUGGAUAAAACUGUGGAGUCUCAAAUCAAAUUUGCUUCUGUUUGAUUUGUACAAUCAGCUUUUGGAUUUUUCUUUACAUGUCCGCUUAAAUCAUACCAACUUAGCUUAAUUAAUGAUUUGAGUCAGGUAAAUAUAUCGGCAUUUUAGAUA